CCAUGUGUGCUGGGCCUUGGGUUGUGCUUGCAGCAUUUUGUGUGUGCUAAGUGUGAGAAACCCUUCCUGGGCCACCGUCACUACGAGCGCAAGGGCCUGGCUUACUGUGAGACCCACUACAACCAGCUGUUCGGAGACGUUUGCUACCACUGCAAUCGUGUCAUCGAGGGAGACGUGGUGUCUGCCCUCAACAAGGCCUGGUGUGUCAACUGCUUCGCCUGCUCUACCUGCAACACCAAGCUCACUCUCAAGAACAAGUUUGUGGAGUUCGACAUGAAGCCGGUGUGUAAGAAGUGCUACGAGAAGUUCCCAUUGGAGCUGAAAAAGCGGCUGAAGAAGCUGUCCGAAGCUGCUGCACGGAAGUGAACCGACGGUUAAGCAGCUGAAGGAGAUGAAACCCUGAGGUGGCCGACCCCACGACCCCUCACCUGUAGCCACACACCUGCAAAGUGCCUUGAUUUCAUCCUCCUUAAACUGGUUUAGCUUCAAGUCUUUUUGCAUAAAUUCUGUUUUUAUACAUUCGCUUCUUUCACUGCGAUUUAUAUUAUAUGUUCUAUAUUUAAUAAACUGUAAGAGACGUGGAAAUAAGACUGAAAA